UCUUAGAGUCGCGAAUAAUGAGAACAUGUGCGCAAGAACAUGUUCUUGUUCUUCAACACUACCUACAGAUUCUUGCACCUUGAACCCGUUUUCGUGACUGAUGCGUACUCUUUGUACUCAUGUGAAAAAUAGCGGUCUCGAACGCACUCAAAUACUUUCAAUCUCUCUCGUCAUCUGUGCGUUUAAAUCGUAUUAAUAAAAUAAGACUUCAAAGAAAGAAAUCGUUUAACAUUGAAUGAAAAAAGUUGUCUGCUUUCGUGAUGGCUUUUUAACCGUUUCUCAUCAGUUUUGAUCAGUUUAAUGAUUUGACAUCACAUGGAUCAAUAGAGAAAUGUUUGGACUUUUUAAAACGAAGUAUAUCGUUUUAGAACAAUUUUCUAAGGUACUGAGAUGUUCAAAGUCUUCCCGCAGCAGACGUAGACGUUAUUUUAUUAUAGGUUGCAUUUCCAUAGCACUGCCUGCUGUAGCUUCCGCUGGGUUCUUUAUAGUAAAAUAUAGCAUCUUGCAUGAUUCAAACUUUCGAACUGUGACUGAAGCAAUUUCAAUUGAUAAACAUAAACAACACAAAAAUCAUGAGGAGAUUGGUGAAAAUGAAACCAAAGAUGACAAGAAACAAACGAAAUUCUUCAAAAAAGUGAAAGUGAAUUUAGGAACUCAAGUGGGAGUUCAUGUACCUGCAUCACUGGUGGGAUUUCUCCCUUUAAAUGACCCACAUAUCUUGGUCUUGUUGACCCAGUCAAAGGAUCAUGCCAAAAGGAUGAAUGCUGUACAGACAUUGGGAACCAUUCAUUACUGGACAGAUGAGACGUAUAAGAUGGUUAAGGAAGCUUGUGAUUCCAGAACCUUGGUUGGAUUGGCAAGAACCCAAGAAGUAGAUGGGCGAUUCUUUACUCCGUUUCCUACUCCAGACAAAGAAUUGUGUGUGGGAGAUCUGGAGUCAGAAUUGAAAGGUCUAUUGUCUUCUCUGCCAAAAGAUGGAUUCAGCAGAUGUCUGGAAUAUUUUACAUCUCAGGCUCUGAUUGAGGGGGACAUAGAGGAUGAACAAGGAGGAUACUGGAGUUUUGGAGGACCUGGGGUUGAUUUUGCCAAGACUGUAAACAGAGGACCUGAAGAAAGAGUUGAAAUUGUUUGUCUACAAGCUCUGAUAAGUCACUCUGAUGUGCGACAGCAUUGCUUGGAGAUGGUGAAAAUGGGAGUUUUACCACUGCUGCAACAGACUUAUCAGAAAAGGAAGUACAGUAUUGUUAUGAGAAGACAGAUUGCUAGGAUUCUGGGAAACCUUUCUGUCCAUGAAGAGGUACAUCCAGAAAUCAUUAAAGGGGGCUGGGUAUCACAGCUGCACAAGUGGUCCAAGUCCUCAGAUCUUCAGUUAUCGCUGCAUGCAUCAAAGGCUCUGGCGAAUUUGGACCGAGAUGAUGGGGUCUUUCUGUAUCACAGUGGGGUCUACCUUCUUCAUCCAACACAAAGAUCAAAAGACCGGGUGAUGGCAGAUUUGGUGUUUGUGCAUGGCUUACUGGGCGGACCAUUUAAAACCUGGAGACAGCAGGACAGAAAUGUAGUAGACAAAAACGAGAUGUCAGACAUUCAGGAGAGUGUCCGCAAUGGAACAUACACCUUUUGCUGGCCGAAGGAUUGGUUGGCUGAGGACGUGCCUUUUGUUAGAAUUUUGUCUGUGGAGUAUGACACCAACCUCAGUACAUGGAAUGCUAACUGUCCAUAUGAAACAGAAAAGCGAUCUUUACUGAGGAGAGCGGCAGAGCUUCAGGAGAAGUUGAAAGCAGCAGGAGUUGGUUCGAGGCCCAUAAUCUGGGUCACACAUUCAAUGGGAGGUCUACUAGUGAAGGAACUGUUACAUCAGAAUAACUUAAGGUCUGAUUGUUCAGACAUUGUACGUAACACGUCAGGGAUCAUCUUCUACAGCACGCCUCACAGGGGCUCUGCCCUCGCAAACAUCUCAAACCGAGGCAGUCGUAUCUUCUCCCCGACCGUAGAAGUACAAGAACUCGGUCAAGAUUCUUUGGCUUUAAGAACAUUACACAAUAACUUCAAGCAGAUUGUGUCAGAAAACAGAAUCAAGGUCCUUAGUUUUGGUGAGACAGUGAAACAGCCUGUCGGAUACAAAAGAAUCAAAGUCUUCAUAGUCCCACCAGAAUCCAGUGAUCCAGGCAUAGGGGAGUUUCAUCCACUGUCAACAACUCAUCUGAAUGUGUGUAAGCCCUGGGACCGAAAUUCCGAGCUUUAUUUACUCACUGUGAAAUUCAUCAAACACUGCAUACUGUUAGAUCCGUUAACUCGCAUCAUGAAGGCAGGAAAUGCUGCAGUACGUAGGUGAUAAGUUUUGGCUGAUCAAUAAGAGGAGCUGUAUGUCUAUAAAGCAACAGAAGCAUGGGACUAAUUUGCAUAAUGUAAAUAAAUUGAUAUUUUGCAAGACUUUAUAUCAGUGACCUUGUAAUUUGUGUAUCAGCACACUAGUGUUGUUCCAUUGAUUAAUUAUAAUCGAAAAUCAGUUGAUUUUUUUAUUCUUAGCGAUAAUCGAUUAUUAUAUUCAGUAAUCGAUUUUCCAAAAUUUAUUAACCUGUGUGUAUUCUGGAGAUUUUCCAGUUCCAGUAGGAAUUUUCUCUUUGAUCAUCCAGUAAGCAAGAAAUCAAUAGUUUGGAAA